UUGAAUUUUAUUGGCUUUUCCAAGUGUCGGGAUUAAAAUCCAUAAAAUUUUUGUCAUGCCUUUAAUUAGCUUCAUUUCUUGGUCAAAAUAUUUUCUCCUUGUAUUUGAGGACAUCAAAAUUUUUUCUCUAUUAUCUUUGUGUUGUUAAUUAAAUCAUAAAAGUUGUAAUUUUAUUUGAUUUUUUCUUUAAAUGUUUAUUAAUUUCAAUAAUUAUUUUGAUAUGUUUUCGCUUAAAUUUAUGAGUAAAUUUGGAUGAAAAUUGCCGUUACUGGAUUUGGGCCUUUUGAUGAUUAUUCAACAAAUCCAAGUUCGGUAGUUGUAAAUGGAUUGAAGGAUGAUUUUAAUGUUGAGGGCAUCGAAUUGAUUACUAGAAUAGUUGAUGUGGACUAUGUGGAGGCAAAGAAAUGUUCUGAAUGGGCUUGUUCUAAAGGCAGCGACUUUGUGGUUCAUGUUGGAGUUCAACCAACACCUGGCAAACUGAUGAUAGAAUCAAAAUCCUUUAAGGAUGGCUACAUUUAUCCAGAUAUUAAUGGUUCUGUCCCUCUUAUGAAUUGUUGUAAACCUGGAACUGAGGAAGAUUCAGAGCUUGAUACUUGUAUUUGUUGUGAUGAUGUAAAACAAUUUGUUAUGGAUUCACUUAGUUUGGAGGAGCUUCCAAUUGAAAUUGAAGUUUCAAAUAAUCCGGGAAGAUAUCUUUGUGCCUAUAUUUUUUAUUGCUCAUUAUUUGCCACACGUGGUCGUUCACUUUUUGUUCACAUUCCACCAUUUGAUGAUGAAUGUACAGCUGAACUGCUCAUUCUUGUGUUAAAACAAAUUUUAAUUGCGAUAUACAAACUUUACUUGAAUCAAAAUGUGAAUGUACAAAAUAUAUAAAAUUACUAAA